CCUGCCCCACUGAGGAUAGAGACCCCUCUUCUUACCCAAACUCCAAACCUUCAGUCCUGCCAUCGGUGGCAUCAUUAGCAACGAGGCGCCCAGCCCUGCUUCAAAGUCUGAAGCUGGUGCUGGGAGAAUUUGAGAGAAGGUAGGGAGGGAACAGGGACAGCCACCUGAGAAGGUCAGGCAGCCCUGCUGGUAGCUGUCCCCAGAGCGCUGCGCUUUCUGCCCUAGAGCUAGACAGAGCUUGAGAGAAACGGUUUUCAGGAAGACGUUGAUCAAGAAUGGCUUUAGCUGAUAAGAGACUUGAAAAUUUGCAGAUAUAUAAAGUUCUUCAGUGUGUCCGCGAAAGAAAUAAGAAGCAGAUAGAGAAACUGACCAAGUUGGGAUACCCUGAGCUUAUUAAUUUCACCGAGCCCACUAAUGGUGAUAGUGCCCUUCAUUUGGCCUCUGUCUCAAAUGAUGUUGAUAUGGUCAGCUUUCUCCUUGAGCUAGGAGCCCAUCCUGAUGUGCAAGACCGAAUGGGUUGUACUCCGACUAUGAGAGCUGCAGAGCUAGGCCAUGACUUAACCAUGGGAAAAUUGGCCAGAGCACAGGCAGACAUGACCAUAGUUGAUAAUGAAGGAAAAGGAAUUCUGUUUUACUGCUUAUUGCCCACGAAAAGACACUAUCGCUGUGUUCUGAUCGCCCUGGACAAUGGGGCAGAUGUUAACAAUUGUACAUUUGAAGGAAAGCCAAUAUUUCUUAGAGCUUGUGAAGAAGCACAUCAAAUUAAAGAAGUAUGCAUGCGAUUUUUGGAAAAAGGAGCCAAUCCAAAUGCAAUCAAUUCGUCAACAGGUCGAACUGCAUUAAUGGAAGCCGCAAGAGAAGGAGUGAUAGAUGUGGUUCGAGGUAUACUUGAAAGAGGAGGAGAUGUUAAUGCUUAUGAUAAUGAGAGGCAACAUGCUUCACAUUUUGCUGCCAAAGGAGGCUACUUUGAUAUAUUGAAGCUUAUUUCUGCAUAUAAUGGAGAUGUGGGGAUUAUUGCAAUGAAUGGAAAUACACCGCUCCAUUAUGCUGCCAUGGGUGGUUUCGCAGAAUGCUGCAAAUUUAUAUCUCAGCGAGGAUGCGAUCUAAAAUGGAAGAACUUAGAGCACAAGACACCAAGAAAUGUUGCUAAAGAAGGUGGCUUCAAGGCAGCAUCCAAAGAAAUACGCAGAGCUGAGCGGAUUGCCAAAAAACUAGCCAGGCCUGGAGUGAAAAAUCCCAACCCGCCCUGGGCUGUUAGAUUACAUGACUGGUCUUAUGAACAUGAAAAAGAAUUGCGAGAUGCCUUUGCUCCUUUGGACCGUGGUGAUGGGACUUUAACUAAAGAGGACUUUGUGAUGGUACUUGAGGAAAUGCAGACUUUAGCAACCCCUGAAAAUCUAGUUGUUCUUGCUCAGCAACAUGAAAAGAGCCGAGGAGCAGGUGUUAACAUUAAUGAAUUCCUUAAAGGGACUAAGUAUUUGCAAAAGUCCUUUGUGCUGGGAUCCUACGGACCCAAGAAAAAGAAGAAGGGAAGGGGCAAGAAGAGCAAGAAAGGCAAGUUCGUCCUUCCCCUUCCAGUCUGCUAUAUUCCUGACAACGUGUUUCAGCGUCGAAAGGAGGGUGGGCCACCUUAUUAUAUGAUUGAAACUUACCAAAACAUUACAGACUGCAGUAGAUUUAACCGAGAUCUUCCGCCCAAACAUCCCAUUCAGGAUGAUUCUUCCUGGUAUGUUGAUGACCCUGGGAAAAUAUACUGCAAUAUUAAUUACAUCACUAAAGCUGGUGAUCUGGCAUCCCUGAAAAAAGCAUUUGAAGCAGGAAUACCAGUAGAUAUGAAGGACAGAUUUUAUAAAACUCCAUUAAUGGCUGCAUGUGAAUGUGGAAACAUAGAUGCUGUGAGAUUUCUUCUUGAAAGGGGAGCGAAUGUUAAUGAAACGGAUAAUUUCCUAUGGACUCCACUCCAUCAUGCAUGCCAUGCAGGUCAACAGGAUAUUGUUGAACUCCUUGUUAAGAAUGGAGCCACAAUAGAUGCACCUUCAAUCAACAACUCAACACCUUUAAUGAGAGCCAUUGAAAGCUGUAGACUGGAUACUGUACGAUAUUUGAUUGAAUUAGGUGCUAAAUUUCAGGCUACAAACAGAAAAGGACAUAAUGCUCUGGAUAUUGCCAAAGCCUAUGCUGACUAUAGAAUAAUUGAUUAUAUCCAAGACAAGAUGGACCAUUUGCCAAAAGCAGUAGAAACGAAAGGAAAAGGUAAACAAAAAUCACCUCCUAAACCUCCAGCUCCACCUGGUGAAGUUCAUAAAGAAGAGGAGGCACUUCCACCAGUUUAUAAUAUCCCACCCAUAAAGGAAGUAAAAGUGCCCGUUAAGGAUAAUGUUGUUCACCUCAAUUCCCUAAUUACCAGUGGAUUUACAAAGAAAGUUAACAUCACAUUUGUACCACGAAAACUCUGGAGCCCUGAAGCUACCACUGCAGAAUUAAUCAAGAAAAGAGAAAUGCGUCGUGAGCGUUUCACUUAUGAGGUGGACUUUGAAGACUUCAUGAUGCCAUUUCAAAAGAACUUCACUGAAAAAGCUCAAGCUCUUGAAGCCUCUAUGGCUUCCUAAAGUACUUCAAGUCUGUCUUUGGUAAAUGCCUUAAAUAGCAACGAUGGGGAUUUAGAGAAGUUAGACAUUUCUGCAAAACCAAAUCAUGUCACUUUACUUUUAAGCUUCAGAUUACAAAUGAGAGCCAACACUCUUUAACAGCCAUAAAUAUUCUGUACGGUAGAAGAACCAUGUUAUUUUUUCAAUGAAUUAUUUUUAGUACUGGUUAGAUUUUUCAUAUAUUUUUAGUCAAUGGUUUUAUAUGUAAAAUAUACUUAUCUAUAUAAUCUAUUAUGAUCAUGAUGAGAAUGAUCAUGAUAAUCAAUAUAUCUUUGUUGAGCACCUACUAUGUGCUAGGGCACUGUGCUAAGUGCUGGGGAUAUAAAAAGAGGUAUAAGACAGUCCCUGCCCUCAAGGAGCUUAUAAUCUAACAAAUACAAGGAAAUAUGGGCAAAGCAGACUACACACAGGAUAAAGGAAACCAGGGAGUAAACACAAAGUGUCAUUGUUUACAAGUUUUCAUAUUUAUGCAUACAUACUCUUGGGAGAAUGAGAAUAGCUUCUACCCCUUAGCCCAAAAGGGUGUUCCCUCCACCCAAUCCUACCCACUUGCCAACCUCAGACAUUAUAAUAACAAUAACAGUUAAUACUUUUAUAGCACUCUUAAGAUUUCCAAAGCUUUUUUUAUAUAUAUUAUUUGAUCAUCAUCACAAUCACAUUGUGAUAUACCCAUUUUCCAGAUGAGGAAAAUGAGACCGACAAAGGUUAAAUAACUUGUUAUCAAGUGUCUGAGUCAGUAUUUGAACUAGGGUCCUCCUGACACCAAGGUGGACCAUAACACCUAGCUCCCCUAAAGAAAUCUGACUUUUUAUUUUCUUUCAGCAUUCUAUCACAUUUAAGUGCUGACCUUCUUCUACCUUACCUUCCCCCCUCAAGAAAGGGGCUAGUUUCUCAGAGACCUUUAAAAGUGAAAAUAUUUUUGGAUUCUUCCAUAACUACCAGAAGCAGGAAGAUCAUGACUAGUGGGCCUGGUAACACUGGGUAGUGGCCCAGGAUGAUUCUUUGUAUCAACCCUGGAAUCGGUACAUGCUACCUCCCAGAAGGUAAUGACCAAGCCUUAGCUAUCUUACUACAGAUGACUGUGUAUUGUCAUAAGUAAGUUAUCAGUGACUGAGCUCAAAGUGUCCUGACAUCUGCGCUUGU